AUGCAUACGCCCUCCCCCCAGCUCCUCCGCGCCCUGCGCGUCUUCCUCACACCGCGACCCGUCCAGCGCGGCCCAUCGAUAUACCAUCCCUUCCAACGAGUCUACAGCUCCAGUUCCGGCUCCAAGUCGAUAUCCAUCUCCCGGUCCAUCACCCCGCGCCGCAUGAUCCCCCGUGCCCACGCCUCCAAGCCAGGGAGCAGAGACCGCGGCCCCGUCUCGCCAGAAGACACCCAGACGGACCUGGCUGCGCUGAACGUGCUGGGUAGUAUCCCCACGCCUGCGACGGCCGUGGACGCCUGUCUGGAUAAUGGCUUCCAUCUGGAUAACGGGGUGAAGGUCACUGGCGGGGAUGGCGUGUUGCUUGUCAACGGGGAGGCUUUUGCCUGGCGGCCAUGGAACACCGCUUCCUCUGCUUCUCUAGAUGCAAGGGCGAAACGUGCGGUCUGUGUGAAUUCCAAAGGCCAGUUCGACGUCGACGAACAGGUUUGGGGAUUAUUGAGUCUUGUGUGGCCGAGACCAGGUUUGUCUCUCUCUCUCUCUAUCAAUUCGCUGGGUAUCCGGGUCGAAGUCCAAGAUACUAGAAACGCAGCGGCGCAGUUCAACCUGCUGGCCACGGAGAGAGGGGUUGGGGAGGUUGCAGCAGCGUUGAUACCCAUCGGAUGGAAGGGGCACCUUCAGCCAUUCUCAUCUCCUCCUCAUCUGUUCUUUCCAUUCACCUGCCCCUUCUUUCGUCGAUAUUCCACCAUGCCGCAACAAGAGCCUCUUUUGGCUCGCCCCUCGUCCGACCGUGAUUCCCUCCGCAACGCAGAGGAGGAAGACGCCCUGUUGACCGGUGAGCGUUCCUCGCGGUACGACGGAUCCCGCCAGCAGACUCGCUGGACUCGCUGGCGUGAGGUCGGCCUGUUGACCUGGGCGGUGCUGGCCACCGCCGCGGUGAUUAUCGUGACGGUCGUGUUCCAUCAGCACGAGAGGGCGAACCAUCACCACCACCACCAAGACGAUGACUCCCCCACCUGGGGCCCCGGCGGUAAGCCCACGGGCAAGCGAAACCUGAUCUUCAUGGUCUCGGACGGGAUGGGCCCCGCCAGCUUGGCGAUGACGCGUGGGUUUCGCCAAUUGACGGAGGGUCUGCCGAUGGACGACACGCUGGUGCUGGACCAGCAUUUCAUCGGGACGUCGCGCACCCGCUCGAGCUCCAGCCUCGUCACCGACUCGGCCGCGGGCGCGACCGCCUUCUCCUGCGGCUUCAAGAGCUACAACGGAGCCAUCUCGGUGCUGCCCGACGAGACCCCCUGCGGGACGGUGCUGGAGGCCGCCGCGCUGGCGGGGUACCGGACGGGCCUGGUGGUGACGACGCGCAUCACGGACGCGACCCCGGCGUGCUUCGCCUCGCACGUCACCCUGCGCUCGUACGAGGACCGCAUCGCCGAACAGGAAAUCGGCGAGCACCCGCUCGGCCGCGUCGUCGACCUGAUGCUCGGCGGCGGGCGGUGCCAUUUCCUCCCCAACACGACCGAGGAGAGCUGCCGCGCCGACGACCGCGACCUGAUCGCCGCCGCCGAGGCCAACGGGUUCAACUACAUUUCCGACCGGGCCGGGUUUGACGCCCUGAACGACGGCACCGAGGUCCAGCUGCCGCUGUUGGGCCUGUUCGCCGGCCACGACAUCCCCUUCGAGAUCGACCGCCGCAGCCAGGCAGACACCUACCCGUCGCUCGAGGAGAUGGCGCGCACGGCCCUGACGGCGCUCAGCCAAGCAACCGCCGACAGCGAGCAGGGAUUCUUCCUCAUGAUCGAGGGCUCACGCAUCGACCAUGCAGGCCACGGCAAUGACCCCGCCGCCCAGGUCCACGAGGUGCUCGCCUACGACCGCGCCUUUGCCGCCGUGCUCGACUUCCUCGACAAGGACUCCACCCCGGGCGUCCUAGUCAGCACCUCCGACCAUGAGACCGGCGGCUUAGCCGUCGCCCGCCAGCUGCAGGCAGACUACCCGGAGUACAAAUGGUACCCGGGCGUUCUGGCCAACGCAAGCCACUCGGCGGAACACCUUGCCGCACAGCUCAAGACUUAUCUCGGAACCAAUUCCAAGGACGGUCAAAAGCAUCAACGCAAGUACGUCUACGCCCUGCUCGAGAAGGGACUCGGCGUCACCGACGCCACAGAGGAUGAGGUCGACCUCCUCCUCGACCCGGAGCUCUCGCCCAGCUACGUUUUUGCCGAUAUCAUCAGCCGGAGGGCCCAGAUCGGCUGGUCCACUCACGGACACUCAGCCGUCGAUGUCAACAUCUACGCCUCUUCAAGCAAAACAGCCUGGCCACUCCUCGGCAACCACGAGAACACAGAAGUCGGCUCCUUUCUAGCCGAUUACCUCGAUCUCAACCUGGAGAAUAUCACGAGCCAGCUCCAAGCCGGAAGUUGGAUGGGAGGUGUCCAGGCCAUCCACGUUGAUGAUAAGUACCAUGGCGAAUUCAAGCAUUAACGAUUUCUUAGAACCUAGCUAGCAUGCAUAUUUACAUUUAUUCUAUUUCAUCUACUCUGUCCUACAAGCAGGACAGACGAUAUCUGCAAAACUCCACGAAACAAUAUUCUUAGGCGACGGGCCACAGUCAGGUGGGUUGAAGGGUAUAUCGAACAUGGCGCGCUGGUACGGGUCGUUGAUGCGGUGCAGCUCGGCCAGAACGGCACGGCAGAAGGUGUACAGCUCUGCCCGGGUAUGGUUGCAUGUAUAGCUUGUGCGGAUGUAGAGGCACAUAGAAGUGAGUAUGUAGAGUAUGUAGAGU